AACCCUCUGUUCCGUGUCCGUGUCCUUAAAGAGAUAAGAUUGCUUUAGUGGAUUGGAAGAACCUAAAAACUUCCACUUCCCCACCGUUUUGUAUAAAUAAAUCACACCAUUUUCCUAUAAACCACAUACAGAGAAGCUUGGCUGUUUCUAUUACAAUGGGAAGAAGAAGAAGGGUAAGAUUGAUUCUCUUGCUGUUAUGUUCUACCAUGGCCAUUUCAUCUGCUGCUCUCCAGCAACAAAUCUUCCCAACAGAGUCUAAUUACCAACAGAAAACCUACACGGAAAAACGUAGCAAAGAUGGGAUUACUAACCAGAUUGCCAGAAGAUACAGUGCAACUGAAAUCACCGUUUCUAAUGGGAUUGGUCAGGGAAGUGCGGUUGCCGGCGGUGGAGAAAAUGGUGGUGGCAGUAGACCUCAUAAUGGAGGAGGUACAGCCGUAAUCCCUGUUUAUGCAGCUGGUUCGGCACAAGCACAUCACCGCCAAGGUCGACCACAUAAUGCAGGAAAUCGCCAUGAGAACAACAGGGGGCUUCUGGUAGCUGCAGUUUUGGCUGCCAUUGCUCAUCUCUAUGGAGUUUUCUGAUAUCAAAGCUGUCUCCAUAGGGACACAAGAACAUUGUUACAUGUGCUGAUUGAGGUGUGUGCUUCAUCUUUGUUGUUGGCCCGUCAUUUCCUGUUGAGGUCAAGAAAAAAGCAAAAUACUUGGCUUGCAGAUGAUUGUAUGUACAGUCUUAAAGAGACAACCUCAUAAAGUCUUCUUUGCUUUUCUUUUUCUUUUUUGGGUAACCAUUGUAUUGCACAUAGACUCUUAAUUGCGUCAAUUAGAUGAUUUUCUGGCAGACAUUAAAAUCACAUAACUGAUAUUAUGAA